AUGCCAACUCGGUAUACGGCUUUGCCUUCACAUGAAGAAGUAAACUCCAGGGAAUUGGCUGACGCAUUUGGCUCAGAGGACGAAGAUGAAAUGACAACUUUCCAAAACCAUCACACACUUCAAUUUCGGGAUAACAUGGACGUAGAAGCGUAUGCUGGACUUCCACCUGCUACGCCCAGCGCCGUACCUGGCACUUAUGACUUCGAGAGGGACUACGACGUUCCCCCACCUGGCUCACCUCCUCCAUCUUCUCGUGCGUUGCCGAAUAAUUUCAGCAAUAACAUUGGGUUCCUUCCAACUUCUCCUAUUCGACACACCUUUGAUCGUCGUCCAAGGAACUCUUUCUUCCGUCGGAUCAUGGGCGCUGUAUUACCAACCCACUACUCACAGAUACCUACAGAAGAUUCUCCAGAAUCUGUGGGUCCACGUCAUUAUGUCGGCGGUGGCUCCGACAACGAUGGUGUCUUUGCAAAUGUCAUGGCUAAACCUGCUCCUGCAUCUGAAUCUCGAAUCGUCCGAGAUCCCAAUGGCAAUAUUCACCUCGUACCAGAGGAAAACCAGAAAGAACCACCGCCUUCAUAUGCCGCAGCUCAGGCUGAUGCUGUCCCUGCCUAUUGGGAAACUACCGUUCAUGCCCCUGCACUGACAAACGGCGGUGAAGGCGCAGAUGGAACCAUGCUCAUCGACGAUUUACCCUCAGGAUCCGUUUGGGUGUUCUUUGUCAAUCUCGUCAUAUCUUUCUUCUUUCAAUUCGUCGGCUUCUUACUUACUUUCAUCCUGCACACUUCUCACGCAGCCAAAUAUGGCUCCCGCGCCGGACUCGGACUUACUCUCAUCCAGUAUGGUUUUUACACUCGCAGCGCUUCCGUUGCUGGUUGGAAUGUCGACGGCAAUGGUGAUGGAGUUGAAAUUAUCACUACCGAUCGGACUGACCCACCAAUUCCGAGCUCUUUAUUGAAUGACACUGGAAUUGUUGAUCCUAGUGAACAGGAGGUGGUACCCGGGGUUAGUUCUCGCGAUUGGCUUUCGUUUUUGCUAAUGACAGUAGGCUGGUUCCUAUUGCUCUCAUCAGCCAUAUCAUUCUGGCGUGUCAAGAGAUGGGAGUCAUCCAUCCGU